AUGACUACCUAUAAGUUGUAUGAUAUUUCUAAAGUCCGCAGGGAUGAACCGAUACGAUGGGAGCUUUAUCUCAUAUCUCCUGAUCCGGCAUGCUUCAAUUUCACGAGGAAUUCGGCCAAGGACGUCCCAGGUUUGCAGAUGUGCCCCUCUCCAAGAGCACAAGGCGACGAGUGGGGGAAAAUUGGUUCUACGAAUGAGCAACUUCGCAAGGGGCGACGUGGCGGUGGAACAUUCGACGACCUCCAGCAGUAUUCUUGGAGUCCGCUGAUAUGGGGAUACUGCAACAGUGACAACAAAGAGCUGCAUUGCGGAGGAAGCUUUGCUCGAAACGGACAGGCUCAGCGCUACAUAACCUCGCUGUUCAUGACGCCAGACAACGGAAUCACAACGACCUUCAGCAAACGUUUCCAUAUCAUUGCCAUUGGGGGGGGCCCGUAA